UAUUAAAUAGAAGCCAUGGUAAGUUGAAAGAGCCCAAAAUGUUCACCGUGAAGAACCUACAAGAUAAGCUUCGACGACGGGAUGACUCACAGACACAGUCAGAUGCAGGAGAAGGAAGAGGGGAAGGGGAGAUGGUGGCAAGUGGGCUGCUUUGUCCCAACUGCAAGAAGUCAUUCUCCGAAAUGGAAGAUCUAAUGCUACACGUGAAUAACUGUGCACAAGAACAGGAACACAUGCCCUCUGAAGAUACAAAACCCUUCGCAGUAGAGAGAAGAGGAUCAACGCAGUCGAACCACAGCAGUAGCUCCUUCUCAACUGCCAAUUCCAUGUCUAAUGGGCACAUGUAUACAGGAAGCCAGACAUCCAGACACUUCCAGGAGGACAGCAACGGAGUUCAUGGAGGAUUUAAGAGCAAUCCUGGCUCUGCCUUCUCAGUUCCCCAUUCAAGUCCGAGUAGCGACCAACAGCAUUCGAUAUCGCGAAAAGCCAUGUACGACACUGCCUACUUGCACCAAGAAAUUGCUAGAUGGAAAUCAGAAUGUGACGAACAGCGUGGCAUGGUCGAUGCAUUAAAGCACCAGCUGAAAACCAAAGAUGACAUCCUAGAGAGAAAAAUGAAGUACAUUGCAAAACUGGAGCAGGAUAUUCUCGCCUACGAAGAGAAGAAUGACGAUCAUAUGGCCAUCAGGAAUGAACUGAGUUCACUGCAACAGUUGGUUACUAGCAUGACCGGCGAACACGAGAAAGAGCUCAAUGACCUUGUUGAUAAGCUGCACUCUUCUCAGGAGGAGAACAAGGAGCUAUCAAUUCUGUGCAGAGACAAGGCUGAAGCAGUUUCCACUUUGGAGGCAAAACUAGCUGCAUAUGAGAUGAGCUACAACAAUCAAUCUAUCUCUUCGCACGAUUCUUCAGUUGAGGAGCUAGCACACCAAGACAAUCACACUGCUUCCAAUUUUCAUCCAGACACAGCACUGAUGCCGCCUCAAAAUUAUCCCGAUGCAAAUCACAAGGUAUCCCAGAGUAACGAGAUUACUCGAGAGCAGAUACAAGGACAAGUUGCAUCAUACCAGCCUGAACAAAUGCAGUGUCAGAAAUGUCAUCAAAAUGAACAAUGCAUCGCGCAAUUGACUCAGCAGAUUAGUGCGAUGCGCAGCUUCUCUGACUCGACAGUAGUGGCUCUGCAGCAGCAGGUGGAACAGUUACAGGCGAAGGCGGCCAAGCCAUGUGACAUGUGUCAGGAGUAUGAGGUGCAGAUGAAAAAGGAACACAGAAAACACGCCAACGACAUCUCAACUCUACAGAAUCAGAUUUCUUCGUUGGAGGCAGCUGCACGUGAGCAAAAUGCUCUCAAUGGCCGCAGUGAUGCAAUGAACAUGUCUCUGAGCAACGAGCUCAACUCCAAGAAAAACGAAGUGGACCAACUCACAAACAGCCUAAGCGAAGUCAAACUGUCCCUCGAAACAGCCGAUAAGGAGAGAGAGAAACUGCGCAAUGACAUAGUAUCGAUGAAGUUCCUGCCUGAGAAGAACGAACAGUUAACCAAUGAGAUCAAUGCUCUCAAGACACAGCUGGAAGAAGUUAGAUCUAACAUGAGCGAAAAAGAACAGGAGCGUGACCGACUUAAGAGUGAGUUAGAGGAGAGUGCUAACCAGUUAGAUGCAUGUGAAAAGAGUCUAUUCCAGACCCAACAUGAAAAGAGUCAGUUGGAGAAGGAGAUGGAGGAUCAGAAGAACGCGCUCACCACUCAAAUUGAGACGCUGAGAUGCAACAUCAGUGCAGUACGGGAGGAGUUGGCGGAGAGUGAGGCUACCUCGGAGGAACAGAUGUCCAGACUCAACCAGAACCUAGCGAUGCUGCGGAAUGAUUUGAACAUCAAAGAAGACGAAGUCAGCAAUUUUGAGUCCCAAACAGCAAAACUGGAGAAGGAACUCUUCGAGAAGUCGAAUGAGGUCAUUGCACUCAAACAAUCAGCCAACAGCUUAAAAGAACAACUGGACACUCGCAAUCAGGAGUUUGGUAAAUUGCGCAACCAGUACGUGGAGAUCAGGGCCAAUCUGGAAGGGGCUCAGAGGGUGAUGUUUGAACUGGGGAGGGAGCAACAGUCGCUGCAGGUAGAGAAGAGCAGGUGGCUAGAGAGAAACUGGCUCCCAGAUGACCACGUGGACCAGUGUAUCGGAUGCUCAAAAGACUUCUCUGCUACUAUACGCAAGCACCACUGCAGAUGCUGUGGCAAAAUCUUCUGCAAUGACUGUUCUUCCAAAAAGGCCAGUCUACCCGGUCACCCCACUCCAGUUAGGGUCUGCAACGAGUGCCACCAGCUGUUUCACACAAACCCGCCACCACUAGUAGCAGCUGGUUCAAACACCCCCACAUCAGGAACAGACUCUCCGUUGUCGCCAGAGUAACCAGCAGUGUCGAGACAAACAGCCGAACAUCUAUUGAAACGACGAAAUAUUAGGAAUACGAAACUGUGUCUGUUAUCUGUAUGGAUGAAGUAUGUUGAUAAUAAACACUCUUAGUCUGUUUUGUACAAUUAUAACCAGUCAAUUUUUUUAAUUGUAGCUCUCUUAAAUGUCUUUAUCGAAAUGAAAUUGAUGCAAUUAUUUAUUCAUGUCAAAUUAUAAUUUAU